AUGAAGGCCACAUCUCUCCUCUUCGGUCUCAUUGGUGCGAGUACCGCAGCUUCUCUUCACCAUCAACACCUCCAUCCAAAGCUCAAGCGAGAUGUCUGCUCUGGAAACACUGCCAGUGACAGAAAGACAUGGUGCAACUACAACAUCAGCACGAAUUACUACGACGUGGUCCCCAACACAGGCGUGACUCGAGAGUACUAUUUCAAUAUCCAUGAAGUCACAGUUGCACCUGAUGGCUAUUCUCGCUCUGCCAUGGCUGUGAACGGCUCCAUUCCUGGUCCUACCAUCCACGCCGACUGGGGUGACUACGUUAUCGUGCAUGUCACGAAUAAUCUCGCCUCGGCGAAGAACGGAUCAAGUAUUCAUUUUCAUGGGAUCCGUCAGAAUUAUACGAACCCCAAUGACGGUGUCGUCUCGAUAACACAAUGUCCGACGGCGCCGGGUAAAACCACGACUUACAAAUGGCGUGCCACGCAGUAUGGAUCGUCGUGGUACCAUUCCCAUAUUGGACUGCAGGCCUGGGAGGGUGUCUUUGGUGGCAUUGUGAUUAACGGGCCGGCCACUGAGAAUUAUGAUGUUGAUAAGGGUAGUUUGUUUUUGAAUGACUGGAGCCAUCAGACUGUUGAUGAGCUGUAUGAUUCUGCUCAAGCGAGUGGUCCGCCAACACUGGACAAUGGUCUGAUCAAUGGUACGAAUGUCUAUGGCUAUGAUAACUCGAGUAGCCAGACGGGAUACCGGUUUAAUACGUCCGUCACUGCGGGUACUUCAUAUCGAUUCCGUCUGGUGAAUGCUGCGAUUGAUACGCACUUCAAGUUUUCCAUCGACAACCACACGCUCACCGUGAUGACGAUGGACUUGGUACCUAUUGAGCCAUUUAAUACCACUGUCCUGAGCAUCGGCAUGGGCCAACGGUACGACAUCGUCGUUCACGCGGACCAGUCCACAGGUAACGACACCUAUUGGAUCCGGGCCAUCCCCCAAGAAGCAUGCUCCGACAAUGAUAGCGUCGACAACAUCAAGGGAAUCAUGUACUACGGCGACACACCCUCUACCCCCACCACAACCGAGUACACCUACACCGACAGCUGCGACGACAUGCCCAUGUCCGAUCUAGUCCCCUACCUCCCUCAGAGCGCCUCACUCCCCUACUACAACGCAAGCGAACCUGUCACUCUCGGCGAGAACUCGGAGAACCUUUUCCGCUGGAAAAUGAACGGAACCUCCAUGCAGGUCGAAUGGGACAAUCCCACGCUGCUACAGAUCUGGAACAACGACACCAGCUUCACAAACUCGAGCGGUGUGGUCGAAUUACCCCGGGCCAACGAGUGGUCCUACGUUGUCAUCGAGACUAGUCUGACAGUACCACACCCGAUCCACCUGCAUGGCCACGACUUUUUUGUCCUUGCCCAGGGCUCUGGUACGUACAGCGGAUCGUCGGAUAUUGCUAGCCUGACGAAUCCCCCGCGGCGCGACGUGGCUAUGCUACCCAGCUCGGGGUAUUUGGUUGUGGCGUUCAAGACUGAUAACCCAGGGGCGUGGUUGAUGCAUUGUCAUAUUGGUUGGCACACGGAAGAGGGUUUUGCUAUUCAGUUCUUGGAACGAUAUGAGGAAGCGCGUAAAUUAAUUGAUUAUAGUGCUCUGCACUCUGGGUGCAAAGCAUGGGAUGAGUAUGUAGAAGAAAGCAGCGUUGAGCAGGAAGACGAUGGGAUUUAG